GUGAAAGUAAAAGUUUUCGGAGGACUAGACGCCAUCUCGUUUUCAUAUCGGAGGACUAGACGCCAUCUCGCAGGAUUCAAAACCAGAAAAUACCUUCACAUGUCACGGUCUGAAAUCAAGUCUCAUCUAGCAGGAAAAGCAGAAAAGCCUGUAAAAUGAGUGCAUAUGAGGAGAAAGAUCAGGAGGCUUCAGCUCCUGAAUCUCCAGGAUUCAGCUGUGUGUCUCUGAAGAUUAACAACUCCAUGUUUCUGCCCCCAAAUCUCAGUGAUGUUGAUGCUCCGAGAGCAGGGUCUCCAGGAUUCAGCUGUGUGUCUCUGAAGAGUAACAACUCCAUGUUUCUGCCUCCUUAUAAUCUCAGUGAUGUUGAUGCUCCGAGAGCAGCGUCUCCAGGAUUCAGCUGUGUGUCUAUGAAGAGUAACGACUCCAUGUUUCUGCCUCCUUAUAAUCUCAGUGAUGUUGAUGCUCCGAGAGCAGCGUCUCCAGGAUUCAGCUGUGUGUCUCUGAAGAGUAACAACUCCAUGUUUCUGCCUCCUUAUAAUCUCAGUGAUGUUGACGCUCAGAGCGCAGGGUCUCCAGGGUUCAGCUGUGUGUCUAUGAAGAGUAACAACUCCAUGUUUCUGCCUCCUUAUAAUCUCAGUGAUGUUGACGCUCAGAGAGCAGGGUCUCUAGGAUUCAGCUGUGUGUCUAUGAAGAGUAACAACUCCAUGUUUCUGCCCCCUAAUCUCAGGGAUGGACCUGCUAUGACCUCUGACCCUGGUAUAAUCAACAGGAAGAGAAAGAGAGCUGUAUCUCCAGUAUCUAGAUGUGUGUCUAUGAAGAGUAACAACUUCAUUCAUCAUCUCCCUGAUCUCAGUGAUGGACCUGUGACCUCUGACCCUGUUGCUGGGAGAGCUGACCAGAUCAGAUUUGCAUCCUGUCAGACCUUCACAUCUUCUUACUAUCAGAACCACAUCAGUCAUCAUGACACAGAAGCAGCUCUGCAGCUCGAUUCUCAUCAACCAGAGCAUGAUGAUCUUCAGAGAGUCAAAGACCAGCACAAAACCAGCAUGAAGAACAAGUAUGAGAGAUUAUUUGAGGGAGUCAAACUACAAGAGAAUCAAACCCUCCUGAACAGUAUUUACACACAGCUGUACAUCAUAGAGGGAGAGAGUGAAGGAGUGAAUGAAGAACAUGAAGUGCUACAGAUGGAGAAAAGUUACAGGACACUCCAAGACACUCCAAUCAACUGCAAUGACAUCUUUAAUCCUUUACCUGAACCAGGACAUGAGGAGAAGAGAAGAGAGAAGAAAGACACAAUAAAGACUGUUCUUUCUAAAGGCAUCGCUGGAAUUGGAAAAACCGUCUCUGUGCAGAAGUUCAUUCUGGACUGGGCCGAGGGAAAAGCCAAUCAGGAUGUAGAUUUCAUGUUUGUGCUUACAUUUAGAGAGCUGAACUUGAUUAAAGAUCAUCAGUACAGUCUUCACAGACUUCUGCUUGACUUUCAUCCUGAACUUCAAGAUCUGGUCUCAAAGAUUUAUGAUGAAUGUAAAGUUGUGUUCAUCUUUGAUGGUCUGGAUGAAAGCAGAAUUACACUGAUGUUUUCAGACAGUCAGAAAGUUUCUGAUGUGACUGAGAUUUCAUCAGUGGGUCUGUUGAUGUCAAACCUCCUGAGAGGAGAUCUGCUUCCCUCUGCUCUCAUCUGGAUCACCACCAGACCAGCAGCAGCCAAUCAGAUCCCCUCCAACUACAUCAACCGUGUGACAGAGAUUCAGGGAUUCAAUGACCCUCAGAAGGAGGAAUAUUUCAGGAAGAGAAUCAGUGACGAGCAUCAAGCCAACAGAAUCAUCUCACACAUCAGAAGAGCAAGAAGCCUCCACAUCAUGUGUCACAUACCCGUCUUCUGCUGGAUCUCAUCCACUGUGCUUCAAAACAUCCUGAAACAAGAUCUCAGUGCAGAAAUCCCUCAAACUCUGACUGAAAUGUACAUCUACUUCCUGCUCAUUCAAACAAAGAUGAGGAACCAGAAGUAUGAAGAGAGAGAUCCAGAGAAACUCCUGCAGUCCAACAGAGAAGUGAUUGUGAAACUUGCUGAACUGGCUUUCAAUCAGCUGAUGAAGGGCAAUGUGAUGUUUUAUGAGGAGGACCUGAGAGAGAGCGGUAUAGACGUCACUGACGCCUCAGUGUAUUCUGGGAUCUGCACUGAGAUCUUUAGAGAGGAAUCUGUGAUUUAUCACAGGAAGGUUUACAGCUUUGUUCAUCUGAGCUUUCAGGAGUUUUUUGCAGCACUAUAUGUGUUUUUCUGCUAUUUACACAAGAACAGUGAGGUUCUGAAGAUGUUCCUGACAGGAAAGAACAGAACUCAGUGUGAGAAAGUUUCUCUGGAUGUGUUUCUGAAAGGAGCAAUGAGUAAAGCCUUGAGCAGUAAAACUGGACACCUGGAUCUCUUCCUUCGGUUUCUUCAUGGCGUCUCACUGGAGUCCAAUCAGAGACUCUUACAGGAAGUACUGAUACACACUGAGAACAACCCAGAGAACAUCAAGAAAAUAACCCAAAACCUCAAACUAGGUCAGAAAAACAACGUCAGUCCUGACAGAUGGAUAAAUCUGUCACACUGCUUGAUUGAGAUGAAGGAUAACUCAGUUGUUGAAAAAAUGCAGGCAUUUUUAAAGCCUGAAACAAAAAAAAACACUCUCACUCUUGCACAAUGUUCAACUUUGGCAAACAUAAUCCUGAUGUCAGAGGAGGUGCUGGAUGAGUUUGAGCUUAAAAAAUUCACCACCAAAUCAAAAAAUGGGAGGUGGAGACUUUUACCUGCUGUGAGGAACUGCAGAAAGGCUGUAUUGACAGACUGUGAUCUCACUGAUCAGCACUGUGAAAUUGUUGCUUCAGUUUUACAAUCAUCAAACUCCCUGAGAGAGCUGGACCUGAGUAAAAAUCAUCUGCAGGAUUCAGGAGUGGAGCUGCUCUCUGCUGGACUGAAGAGUCCAAACUGUCAACUCAACAAACUGAGAUUGGUCUACUGCAAGCUCACUGAUCAGUGCUGUGAAACUGUUGCUUCUGUUUUACAAUCAUCAAACUCCCUGAGAGAUUUGGACCUGAGUAAAAAUCAUCUGCAGGAUUCAGGAGUGGAGCUGCUCUCUGCUGGACUGAAGAGUCCAAACUGUCAACUCAACAUACUGAGAUUAUCUCAGUGUUUGGUGACAGCAGAAGGUUGUGGUGCUCUGGCAUCAGCUCUGAGUUUAAACCCAUCACACCUGAGAGAGCUGGAUCUGAGCUACAAUCACCCAGGAGAAUCAGGAGUGAAGCUUCUCAGCCACCUGGAAAAACUCAAUGUGGAUCAUGGAGGAGUUCACAUGAUCCCAUCAGGACUCCACAAAUACGCCUGUGAUCUCACACUGGAUCCAAACACAGCACACACUCGACUCGUUCUGUCUGAGGAGAACAGAAAGGUGACGCGUGUCUCUGAGGAUCAGUCGUAUCCUGAUCAUCCCGACAGAUUUCAUUAUGUGUGUCAGGUUGUGUGUUCAGAGACUCUGACUGGACGCUGUUACUGGGAGACUGAAUGGAGCGGAAAAGAAGUUCUUAUAUCAGUGUGUUAUAAAGAAAUCAAGAGGAAAGGAGCGAGUGAUGACUGUUGGUUUGGAUAUAAUGAGAUCUCCUGGAGUCUGAUCUGCUCUGAUCAAGGAUUCACUGCUCAUCACAAUAAUAAAGACACUGUGAUCUCUGUUUCUCCAGACUCCUGUAAGAGAGUCGCAGUGUUUCUGGACGAGUCGAGCGGCUCUCUGUCCUUCUACAGCGUCUCUGACACACACACACUCACACACUUACACACAUUCACACACACAUUCACUCAACCUCUACUCGCUGGAUUUUACCUUGAUACAAACUCUUCAGUGUCUCUGUGUCACAUUAAACACUAAACACACACACACACACACACACUGAUAAUUAUGUGUAAAAUAAUAUCUCAUAUUUCCUCUGUUGUGUCGCUGUAUUUUCAGGAGUUUAUCCAGUUUUAGUUUAAUAGAAACAUCUAAUCAGUCCAGUAUUAUUGUACAUUAUUAUUAACAGUAUUAUUAAUCUCUUUUUCUCUGAUGUGAUAUAUUGUUAUUGUGAGGAGAAGAAGUAAAUCUGAUUCAGAUCCUGGUCUUGUGUGUCUUCUGCUUCAUCGUGUUUCUCGUGUUCGAUCAGAUCAACUCUGUCUCUACUUUCUCUCUCUCUCUUCUCUCAUAUUCAUCGACUCAUUCUCUACAGUUUAUUUGACUUUUAUUCUCUAAAUCUCUCUUUUUCUUGUAGUUUAAUGAGUUUAUUAUCUACGUAUUAUGUUCACUAUUUCCUCAAAAUGUAACAAGUUUAAUCUCGUAUUAUAAUGACUUUAAUCUGGAGAUUAUUUUAUUUUAAUUACUGUUUGGUCCUGAUCCUCUUCUGUACACUUCAUACUUGAAAUCUAACUCGGUUUUUUGUUUAAUAUUUAAAGUUUUGAGGAGAUUUUAUGAUACUAUGCAAUAUUUGUAAAAAAAAAAAAAA